UCUUCUCUUUUUUGCGUCUUGUCUGAUCCAUCCUUCCUGUUCGCUCCCUCUCCUGCUGAAUCCCUUUCUAUCUGCAUCUGUCCUCCUCUUGCUUGCUCCCUCCCUCCCCGUUAUCCCUGUCUCUCUUUCUCACUCGCUGUGUGGGUGCCUAUCUGUUGGAGUAAGACAGCUGGGGAGAUCUGGAAAGAUUUCUGUCUGGGUGCCUGUCUCUGGCGCCGCAAGGGACGCAGCUCUGCUGGUGACACCGUAAAGGGGGAGCACUGGUGACAGGAAGAGCAAGGAAAGUGACAGGGACACCGGUUGCUAAGAGGAUGAACAGACCCUUAAUGCCACAGAGAUGAAAGCCAAAGACUGAUGACACAGGCACAGUGGUAAACUGCAUUGUGGUGGCAGCUGGAGACGGACAGACACAGAGACGGAUUCAUCUCUUAAAAUCUUCAUCUCAGGGGCACAAAGGCAGCUGGCACAUACUCUCCCUGCUCAGUCUCUCCUCAACCCUAAAACUCAUAUUCAGUGUCCGGAUUUAAUAGAUGAACAGAUGAAAAUACAAAUGAACAACUAUUGACUAUUAACACAGUGCAAGCUAAGUGACCCACAUCCCAUUAAGACCUUUGUCCUCACAUCCCGUUGCCUCAAAAAUGAUGUACAGAAUUCAUUGUAGGACUGUGACAAACGAACUUCUCUAAGUUGACUUAUUUAACCUUGCAGAGUUAAGAACAUCUCUUCCUCUGCCCCCAUGCUUGUUGACAGCAUCAUGUCAUGCCGGUGGUUAUUGUUCUCAAUAACUGUUUUCUUCUGGUACCUCCCACCAGGGGCACAAAGUGAUUGCUGGCUAAUCGAGGGCGAUAAAGGUUAUGUCUGGCUGGCUAUCUGCAGCCAGAACCAGCCCCCAUAUGAGACCAUCCCUCAGCAUAUUAAUAGCACAGUUCACGACCUCCGGCUUAAUGAAAACAAAUUAAAAAUUAUUGGGUACUCCUCUCUCUCACGCUUUGGAAACUUAACAGACUUGAACUUGACCAAAAAUGAGAUAUCUUACAUUGAAGAAGGAGCCUUCUUGGGACAAUCCAACCUACUGAUCCUUCAGCUGGGUUAUAAUAAGUUGACAAACCUAUCUGAGGGAAUGCUUAGGGGAAUGCCUAGGCUACAGUUCCUUUUUGUUCAGCACAAUCUAAUUGAGGUGGUGACACCAAAUGCUUUUUCUGAAUGCUUAAGCCUGAUUAGCAUUGACUUGUCCUCAAACCGAAUUACAAAGCUAGACAGUAAUACUUUUGUUGGUCUCCAGGCAUUGAUGGUGUGUGAGCUGGCAGGGAACCCUUUCCACUGUGGAUGUGAACUUUAUGGAUUUCUUGAUUGGCUGGUCAUGUUCAAUAAUGUCACACGAAAUUAUGAUCGUCUGCAGUGUGAAAGUCCACGGGAAUUUGCUGGCUAUCUGCUGCUUAGCCCAAAGCCCCACCACAGCCGAAAUGCCAUUACUGUUCUUCAGGCUAGCUGUAGAAAUGGGGGUUACUUGUCAUUGCCACGGGAAAGGCCUACCCCUCUUAUUCCUGAUUCCCAGCAUGAACUAGAAGAGAACUCUGGUUUUAGCCCUGGAGAUUUUUUUCCAUCAGAGCCCACAACUCCAUCUACCACCAACACAUCUGCAAGUCCGUCUAUUGAUAUUCAUCAUGUAACAGGGAACUCAGCCACACUUAUUGUCACCAUUCCAAAUCCAUACAAUAGGAUGUAUAUACUGGUACAGUAUAAUAACAGCUUUAUAUAUGAUGUAACAACCUUGAAACACAAGAAGGAAUAUAUUACGUUAGACAAGUUAAAGCCUCAUGCUAACUACACCUUCUGUGUAGCUUCGAUUCGCAACACAAAACGCUACAACCAUACAUGUCUUUUCCUCGCCACCCGAACAAGAGACAAAGAGGAAUUGACACCCAAUACUUCUACAACCACUCACUACAUCAUGACUAUAUUGGGCUGUCUCUUUGGCAUGGUCAUAAUUCUGGGAGUCGUAUACUAUUGCCUUAGGAAAAAGCGAAUGCAAGAGGAGAAGAAGAAGUCACUUAAUGUCAAGAAAACUAUUCUAGAGAUGCGGUAUGGUUCAGAUGUUGAUCCUUGCAUUGGAUCUCAUUCCUCACAGAAGUUGUCAGAACACCCCAUUCCCAUCUCUCGCAUAUCUUCACUACCAACAUCUGUUGCAGGUCUAGGAAGUGGAGGGGAAAAGGGGUUAGGCUCUAAGCCAAUGAAUGCUCAAAUGGGUACACCAAAAGGUCCAAAAGGAACAAAUUACAUGGAGGUACGUAGUGGGGAAGGCCUAGAGAGAGGUCAGCGGAGGAUGUCAGGAGGAGAUGACGAUGAGGAAGAUUUUCGUGAACUGGAUAAUGGUGAAGGAUCAGCAUCUGAGAUAUCAACAAUUGCUAAAGAGGUGGACAAGGUUAACCAGAUCAUCAAUAACUGCAUUGAUGCCCUUAAAUUAGACACUGCUUCUUUUUUAGGGGGAGGGGACCCGGAGUUGGGCUACGACUGCCAGUCCAUUCCAGCCAGUUCUUCGGGUCACUUGGAAAGAUUGAGCUUCCUCUCUCCUCCAUACAAAGAGGGCGUGCACCCUCUUCAGCGCCAGCUGAGUGCCGAUGCUGCAACAGUUGCCAAGAAACGUUGCAGCAUUUCAUCUAGUGGCUCUAUCAAGAGUGCUCGAGUCUUCAGUCUUGAUGUACCUGACCAGUCUCUAAAAUGUGACUCCAAAUAUAUUGAAAAGAGCAGCCCUCUCAACAGUCCCCUUGACCGCCUUCCUCUUGUGUCCUCUGCUGGGGUCCACCACUUGGAUGUCAAGCCUUCCUACCACUGUAGUGAGCAUCGCCACUCCUUCCCUGCCCUCUAUUAUGAGGAAAGUGCAGAUACACUCAGCCAAAGGGUGAGCUUCCUGAAGCCUCUUUCUCGUUCCAAAAGAGACUCUAGCUACUCUCAACUCUCCCCAAGACAUCAUUUCUCUGGCUAUUCCUCCAGUCCAGAGUACUCAACUGAAAAUACUCACAAGAUCUGGGAGCGCUUCCGUCCCUAUAAAAAACACACACGGGAAGAAGUCUACAUAGCUGCUGGACAUGCUCUACGCAAAAAGGUCCAGUUUGCCAAGGGAGAGGACUUGCAUGAUAUAUUGGAUUACUGGAAGGGGGUGUCUGCACAACAAAAACUGUGAUUGACACCCUAUAUAGUUUAAGAAGGCCAACCAGGGCUGUGGAUGGGUUUCUGUUGAGAAUUGUGGCGUUGAAGCACUUCAGUUUGCAACUAAAGUUUACAAAGGAGUUGGGGGGGUGUAGUCUCAAAGUGGAGGGGAGAAGGUUAAACUUUUAGGUACUGUACAAGGUGUUUUUUUCUAGCACAGUUCUCCCCUCUUUUUACACCUCCCCUCUCCUCUCCACAUACUGUACUGGUGGCUCUUUCUCUGUUUAUAUAUUUCAGUCUUCUUUUUUUUUCAUUUUACUAAAAACAUAGUAUUUACCCCACGUCGCAAGCUGAAUUCAUGCAGCAAUAAGGUACUUCAGGGAUAUAUAUAUAUAUAUACUUCACAGAAACUGUUGAGUACAACAAAUUCCUAUUUUAUUCAUUAUAAGAAAUAUUUAAAAUGAUGUAAAUAUUAAAUAGGAAAUGCCAACUGUGCAUGAAUGUAGAUAUCAGUGUAUAUGAUCUAUUAUCUAUCAUGGUAUACUUAAUCAAGGUG